AUGGCAAGCAGAUGUAACGGAACAAACCAUAAACCUGAUCAAUGUAAAUACAAAGACGCUACCUGUAAUAAAUGUGGACGGAAAGGACACAUUUCCCCAGCAUGCAAUCAGCAACAAAGACUUAGUCAACAGUUAAAGAAACAAAGGGGUAGAGCUAAGUUACAUCAAGUGGAGGAGGAAGAGAUUGAUAUAGAUAGUUUGUUCAAACUAGAUGUACAUGACACCGGAACGAAUAGGGAACCUAUUUGGUUACAACCGAUAGUAAAUGGCAGAAAGGUCAGAAUGGAAUUAGAUACUGGUUCGGGAGUUUCUAUAAUUCCUAUGGAGAUGAAAGAUACCUUGUUUCCGAAAGACACAGUGUAUGAAUCAGACUUGAAAUUGAAAUACUCAAAUGAAACCUUGUUACCAGAAGGUUAUAUAAAGUGCAAAGUUAAUAUCCACGGUCAAGAGAAGGAUUUGAAGUUGUAUGUAAUGAGAAAAGGAAAAGUCCCUUUGUUUGGAAGAGAAUGGUUGUACGCCCUAAAGUUAGAUUGGACAGAAAUAUGGAACUUAAACCUAGACAGAGUUGCACAACUUAAGAACAAAUACAAGGAUGUAUUUGACAGAGACUUGGGUAAAGUGAAGGACUUAAAGGCUAAGUUGAAGUUAAAACCAGCAAGUAAGCCAAAGUUUGUAAAGGCUAGAAGCGUGCCAUUCGCUAUGGAGCCGCAGAUUGAAGAAGAGUUAGAUCGUCUUGUAAAAGAUGGAGUUCUGGAGAAAGUCGAUACAAGUGAAUGGGCAACCCCUAUAGUACCUGUUCCUAAGAAGGAAGGCAUUAGGAUCUGCGGGGACUUCAAAGUGACCAUUAACCCAUUGAUGGAAGUGGACCAACAUCCUUUGCCUAAAAUUGAGGACCUAUUUGCAUCACUAGGGAAAGGCAAAUCAUUUUCAAAGAUUGAUUUGAUAAAUGCGUACCUACAUGUUGAAAUAGACGAGGAUAGCAAACAGUAUCUGACAACUAGCACACAUAAGGGUCUAUUUCGAUAUAAUCGUCUCGUAUUUGGAAUCGCAUCAGCCCCAGCAAUCUUUCAGAGAUUGAUUGAACAGGUUGUAGGAGAUAUUCCUAACGUAGAAGUGAUAUUAGAUGACAUGAUAGUCACAGGACAGGAUGACAAUGAACACUUAGAAACACUCGAAAAGGUUCUGAGUCGGUUGAGUGAAUACGGGUUAAAAGUGAAUGCUGAGAAAUGUGCGUUCAUAAUUGACAAAGUGUUGUUCUGUGGCCAUGAGAUUACCAAAGAUGGUCUCCACAAGACAACUGAGAAAAUUAACGCUAUAAAAGAUGCACCGCCAAUCAAAAAUGUCAGAGAUCUAAGAUCAUUCCUAGGACUUGUCCAUCCCAGCAAAGGUAUUAGCGCCACGACUGCAGCUAGAUUACAACGAUAUGCUUUGUUUCUGAGUGGAUACCAGUAUGAUAUUGUUUACCGGUAUACAAAGCAACAUGGAAAUUGUGACUCACUAUCAAGGUUACCGCUUGAAACGUCAAAUGUACUAGAAGCUGAUGAAACCGAUGUCUUCUUUAGUAAACAGUUAGAUACUUUACCUUUUAGCAGUGAUCAAGUAGCGCUUGAAACAAAAUGUGACAUAAUUUUAUCAAAUGUACUUGAAUAUGUCGCGAAAGGAAAACCGAUGAACAGUUAUCACAUGUCGGCAGUGUAUCAACCGUUCAUGAACAGACAAUCACAAAUAUCGGUUCACCAAGGAUGCUUAAUGUGGGGACUCAGAGUAGUUAUCCCUUAUUCCUUGCGGAAUUCUGCAGUACAGGAGUUGCAUUCUGGACAUCUUGGAAUUGUAAAGAUGAAAUCCUUGGUAAGAAGCUACGUCUGGUGGCCAGGAAUCGUUAAAGAUUUGGAGGGAAUUGCUCAAUCAUGUUAUGGGUGUCUCACAGCGAAACCUAGUCCUCCUGAAGCUCCAAUUCACCCCUGGGAAUACCUGAAUCGACCUUGGACAAGAGUUCAUGUGGAUUUUGCUGGGCCAUUUAUGGGCCAUAUGUUUCUAGUAAUUGUGGGCUCAUAUUCCAAAUGGCCGAUUGUGAAGAUCAUGAACAAAACAUCCACCAGAAAAACUAUUGAGAUAUUACGAGCAACGUUUGCAGAAUUUGGACUUUGUGACGAGUUAGACAGUGUUUUGAUUCGUGAUUACCGUGACAAUGAGAAAUGGAUUCCAGGAGUAGUUAAAACCAAAACUGGUCCAGUGUCUUACAAUGUGGAAAUUUAUACCGGAGUUACCUGGAGACGUCACGCAGAUCAGCUCAGAGCCGCUAAUGUAACACCUGCAGGAAGCCCUGAAAUUUUCAUUGAUCCAGUGAUUCCAUCAACUCAGUCUAAAUCAUCAGUUGAAAGUUCAGGUCCUACAUCUCCUCAGAAGGCGAAAGUUACGACACUGACGCCGAAAGAACCGCCUCCUGUUGUCGAAUUGAGGCGUUCUUCACGCACAGUUAAGAAAUGUGUAUUAAUGGAUCUAUGA